AUGUCUGAUUCCGCCAAGAGACGCCUCGAAGCCAUCGGCAACCAGCUCUCCCCAGCUGGAACCAACUCGAGCUUCGAAGGUAUCCCCUUGAUCAAGAAAGUCGCUCCAGACUCCAAUGGCCCGCGAGUUCAGGGGAAGGUCGUCAUAAUAACCGGCGCGAACUCGAUCCUCGGCAUCGGACGCGCAGCAGCCCACCAGUUCGCCCAAAACGGUGCCCGGGCUGUCUACGUGUGCGAUUUCGACGCCGCAAACCUCGAGACGCACAAGCGCGAGAUCAAGGCCUCGUGGCCGGAUGUCGACGUGCACACCCGCCGCUUCGACGCCGCCGACGAGGGCGCCGUGAAGGAGGUGGUCGACGACGCCCUCCGGCGCUACGGCAGGCUGGAUGUCUUCUUCGCCAACGCCGGGACCAUCGGGCCCCACGCGCUAUUCACCGACAUCGGGGCCGACGACUUCAUGGAGACGCUGAGGGUGAACACCCUAGGUGUCUUCCUGGCCGCGAAACACGCCGCACCGGCGAUGCAGAGGACGUCGCCGGGCAAGGACAAGGCCUCGGGGAGCAUCAUCAUGACGGCCUCCGUCGCGGGCCUGCGGUCCAACGCCGGGAGCACUCCCUACUCGGCGUCGAAGGCGGCCGUCGUGUCGAUGGCGCAGACCACGGCCUACCAGCUGGCGGGGACGGGCGUCCGCGUCAACGCCAUCUGCCCCGGCCUGAUCGAGACGGGCAUGACCUCCGUGGUGUUCCAGACCGCCCGUGCCCGGGGCACCGAGGGCAGGAUCGGCCAGCUGAACCCGCUCAAGAGGGGUGGCCAUGCCGACGAGAUAGCGCGGGUGGCCUUGUUCUUGGGUAGUGACGAGAGCAGCUAUGUCAACGGUCAAGCCUGGGCGAUUGAUGGCGGGCUGAGCGCCGGCCAUCCCUACGUGCCCGGGAAGCUGGGCUGA